AUAUCCUGAGGCUGCGGGCAGCUGGCCAGGCUUUCGGCUAUAAAAAGCAGCUGAUGCUUAGCUUCACAUGCCCUCUGUCAGCUCUGUCUCAGGGACAUCGGGUGAAGCCAAUCUUUAGCUAUAAUGCUGUCUGAUCUAGAGAAGGCCUUGGAAAGCAUGGUUGAUGUCUACCACAAGUAUUCCCAGGUAAAAGGGAAUAACCAUGCCCUCUACAGGGAUGAUCUGCAGAAGAUGCUCACCACUGAGUGUCCUCAGUACAUGCAGAGGAAGAAGGCUGAAGCCGUAUUCAGAGAGUUGGACAUCAAUCAGGACAACGCGAUUAACUUCGAGGAGUUCCUUGUGUUGGUGAUAAAGAUGGGCCUGGCAGCCCAUGAGGACAGCCACAAGAAGUAGCAGAGCUUCUGGCCUGGGGCUGGGCCCCUGAACAUGUCUACAGAGCAAUAAAGCUGUCAUACCUCAGG